UCGCCAUAAAAGGUCACUCCCAUCGCAGUGUUCGGCUCGAGCGAAGGUCGAAGCGAAAGAGGAUUCCCCGGCGAAAGAAAGCAGAAGAGGGAGGAUCGGGAUCGGGAAGAGAGGGAGUUUGCGAGAGGGGUUUAUGCCGAAGACCUCGUCGUCGUCUUCUCCGAGCAUAACGCCGAUGAACCCCUCCCUUAAGACUCAGCCGCUCCCGUCCUUCCCCCACCAAACCCUAACUCCCAAUCCUCCGCCUCUGGCGCCCGCGGCUUCCUUGCCUUCCGUCGAGGACCAGGUCGGCCUCCUCGGCGCCUCUUUCCCCCACCACCAGAACCACGGAUCCCUCUUCAUGGACGACGAAGACGACGACCCGAGUAUUCUCCCCUCUGGAACUCUGACGCAUUCCGGAUCCCCCUUGUCUUCCCUCCUACGCGACGACGAAGAUGACGAGGAGGAGGAUCCUGACGACGAGGAGGAGAUUGACCGGGAGGAGACCUUGAUCGGAGACCAGAAUCCCUCGUCCUCUGCCGCAAAUCAGUCUCUCGUUUCUUCCCGCGGCGAUGCCCUCGCCAUCGUCCCUGUCGUCACGCCCCGCAUUGACCCUGCACCUCACAUCUCGUCUCAGUUUUACACAUUUAAUCGGGAGUCCCACGCCCUGAUGGUACGCUGCAUUAUGGAAAGCCGGCUUGCGACUACCGACGAGAUCCGCUCUGCCACGCCUUUGUCUGUGCUUAAGUCGUGGCGCUCUGUAUGGAAAGACAGGAACGAGGACACAGCCUACCUCACUGCAUGGAAACGCAUCCAGGACAAGCUUCGAGCUAACGUGGACGGCCCCCUCCCUGCGCUGUACUUCAAGAACAACCCGCUACAGCGGGUCUCUCAUGUGGACCAAUGGCAGGAGAUCGUCACCUCCUCUCACGCUGACCCUGACCUACUGCGCCACCUUGGUCAGAAGGAAACCGUCGACAGGAUAAAGCAGUCCUGGACAGUUGGUGCCAAAUUCUAUGGGAUACCGGAGUCAUUCAUCCGAGUUUGUGUAUCUUCCUGCCCAGUAUGCUCCUCUUCGUCAUCCUCGCUGACAUCCCCUGGGAGCAGCAGCUUGUCACGGUCAAAAAGGCGGCGCUUUGAAUACACUGAAUCCUUUGAAGUGCCUGCUAAGGAUGUGCAGCGCUGCCUGCAACAACUUGCAGCCAAAUACAAGGUAGUUCUUUGUAUCCGCCAAAAGUAUAUAAGGUACAAGCCUUUCACAGCUGAGGUGAAGGAUUAUGCAUGCCACCGAGCAGGAGAGCCUUCAUCAGCAACUGCGUCAGUUAAGAAAGCUAGGGUUCUAAAGAGGGAGCCGUACCAGUCAAAACGAUGUGGCUGUGGUUUUCGGAUAAGGGCUAUUGUUCCAAUCAUGAAUUACAAUGAUAAAGACAAGACCUUUGUGUACCAGGAGGAAGGAACUGCUGUAUUCAAGCUAUAUGCAAUUCAUACUGGACAUGAACCUGGGCCUCUUGAUGGGAAUGCUAGGAUCAUCCACCGAGUAGUUGGAAACAAGGUUGCUUAUGAAUUUGAUUCAGAAAUGUAUGGUGUUAGAGAGGACGUGGAGCCUGAGUCAUUUGUUAGCAUUAUGGGCAAGGAUGACAGAGAUCAUUAUCACAUAGUUAUGCAGCAGGUUCAUGAUCUCAAGGCUGAGGUUGAGAUACUUGAAGGAAGAGUUGCCAAAAUGAAUCCAGAUAUGCUGAGUUCAUUGACACAUGAUCUGUCUGAUAUGUUGCACAGAUUGAAGAGUCUGAGUGGAGGUGUGAAGCAUGAUGAGACAGCAGCAAUGGUAGGUGAUGAGGAAGUUGCAAAAUGGAGGAGCAAUAGCAGCCACCAUCCUGGCAGGCAUGAUAUUAUGUUUGGUAAAGACUCUGAAAUUAUUGAGGAGGACUCAGACUUUGGUUCAGAUCUUGGAGCUAUUGUGCCAUGGGAUAAAAUGACAGUAGAUUGCCAUGAUAGAAAGUUGCUUAUGAGGGAUAGCAUGAAGCCUGAUAAGUGGAUGUUAAAGGAAGACUGUAGUGACUUUGAUGAGAAAAGUAUCCUCAAUUGUGGUGUGGAUGAGGAGUCCAAGUUGAUAAAACCCUUGACUGAUUCAAGUCUCGUAGGAAUGCAAGUAGAUGGUUUUUACAGUGACAGCACUAAGUGGUAUGACUCACCGGGUGGCUUGGAUCCUAUUACAGAUUCUGGAGAUGGUGAUUUUCGGCAUGGAGGGAUAGUGUAAAGUGAGAGUUCAUGUUUUGCCCUAUUGAAGGAAAGGACUUGUAAAUUCUGUACACUAAAGGAAAGUAGGGAACCCACCAUUAUAUUAUUAGGACUAGGUUUCAGGUGGUUCUUCCCUGAGUUUGGUUGUUCGUUAAACACACAGGUUGCUUUUAUCGAUUCAAACAUAUCUAGUGUCCUAACAUUUUCACUUUCCCUAACAUAAUUUUUGCCUAUCAUCACUGUAGCUGUAUCCCUUUGAUAUUGGCUGAUUAUGUUCCAUUCUUGUCAUGUUUAACUAAUGUAACUAUAGUCCAGUUAGACAAUUGAUUUUUCUACUCUAAAAUCUUCUUGUCUGCAUGGUAUACACUCAGAUUUUUAUUAGUUUUUAUUCAUUCUACCCGUUGCUUAAUCUAAUAGGAUUAUACAAACUAUGAAAGCAAUCUGCUGAUCAUUCUUUCAAAGUACAUUAGAGGGUUAAUUUAGCUAAGUUUUGGUUACGUAGCCUUUUUUUCCCAAGUCUUGCGCAUAUUUUUGUCUCAAAUUCAGGUGCUUUUUGUAGCAUGGUUGGUCAGAGACAUUCCUACUUAUGAUAUUGUACUUUCUUGUGAGUUAGCUUUUGAUGGUCCUUAUUUAUAUAGAUGUCUUUUACAACUUGAAAGGCAGUAUGAUCCAUAUAAUAACUAUUUUUCCCAUGCUUUUGUCAUAUGUAUUUGUAAAGAGUAAUGCUUUCUAUACAGUGCUCAUAUAUGCAUAGUUAUUGCCAGGUUUUCUCUUGAGUUAAAUUUGCUUACAUGAUGGUUUGCUAUUUCAUAGAAGGGGAGCCUUGGCGCAAUGGUAAAAUUGUCAUUUUGUGACCAAAAGGUCACAGGUUCGAAUUCUGGAAACAACCUCUUGCAAAAAGCAAGGUAAGGCUGCGUACGAUGGAUCCUUCCUUGGGACCCCGCAUGGCGGGAGCUUCGUGCACCGGGCUAUCUUUUUUUUUUUUUAUGGUUUGCUAUUUCAUAGCCAGCAAAGUGUCAUAAUUCCACCUAAAUUUACUAAAUGGUUCAUGCUUUAUUCCUUUCUAUGAAUAUACUCUCUGAUCCUCCUUCUCAUCAUUAAGUGUGUUUAUGCCAGCUAUUAUUAUGUGGAGGGGUUUAAACAAAAGUUAAACCCAGUUUAUCUAGCUCUUGCAUAACUUUCAACCUUUUUCAUUUGGGCCUAGGACUAAUUCAUAACCUUUUCCAUCUGGGCUUGGAAUUGACAUUAACUACAGCUCUACCUUGUAAUUUUUGUUGUGUAUGCCACCUAAGAAAUUUAAUUAUUUGUUUUGCCUUUAGUUCAAUCUUGAGGUCAUGUUCAAUAAUAAAUCAUUUCUUAGCUCGAUACCUGCCUCAAUGAUGAAUAAUGAAAAUAGUUCUAUCCAAUCAUCCUUGUUUUUCCAGUAUCAUGUAUAAAUCCCUAAUGAUAAAGUGGCAUUCUUUUGCUUUGCUAGUUGUUACCUAUAGUUAGUGCUUGCUGGGGAUAAACCUUGUCUCCAUUUGGUAAACUUACCGUAAUGGAAGAUUUGCAUUACAUCUUUCCAGUUAUUUUUUUCUUUUUUGUGUAUGGCAUUUGUUUUUUAGUAUUAAUAUUUCUGGAACCUGGUCCGUAUAGUCCACAUUGAAAGUGUUGUGCAGGUGGACUUUACAGUUUGAUUAGAUCAUAGACCACAUGUUCUCAGUCAUGGUCAUUCACAGUUUUAUUUUCCUUGGUUUUAUUCAUUUUUUUCUUUGUAAAUUUAGGUAGUUGUUACAUCAUGAUUGGUAUAUCAGCUUGUACGAUUCAAAAUGCACUGUCAUGCAGCUCAGUUGUAAUCUCAGGUACUUUCUAUAAUACUUAUGUAUUAUAUAUUCAUAGAGGAUUAGAUUUCAUUUUCAUGCAGAUAUGCCCUUCAUAGGACCUUUUGGGACUAAUGCACACAUUAGAACACAACCUAGAUAUUCUCAACUUUUUAUACUUAAAUCCAUUGUUUUGUUCACUUGAGAAUUAACAUUAUUGGUGGAUCCUUUUUUAUUUGUUGGCCUUGAACUCUCGUUUUGCAUGGAGUCCUGUUAAGAGGGGAUUACAAUUGUGUGCCUACAAAGAAUGCUGGGUGGCCUUGGGUUCAUUCAUAUUUUUACCUCAGGUUUUGAAUAAAAAUGAAUAUUCAAGAUAUUCUGUGCCACUAGAAACAUAUUAUAGUGUACCAAUUGUUUUGCUCUUACCUUACUGCAAAAUGGUGCUUGUGCUGUUGGCCAUCUGCUGGCAGCUUCCUUUUCAAAGAAAAUAUUAUUUACAUUUUAGUACGAGGUCCCAUUUGAGAUUUUCAUCCUGACCAUGCCAACAUAUCCAAUGAGUGUUAGUGGUUAUAAUUUAUAUUGAGGUUGGUUGGUUCCAGUGAGUCAGGCGUCAUUGACUCUUUAUAACCACCAUCAUCAUCAGUGUGCUUCCGAGUUUGUUCCUUAUCUCUUAUUCCCUUUGUUAUGUAUCAAACAAUGCAUUUUAGCAUGUAAUAUAAUGAUUAUUAGUUUAGUUAAGUAAAUAUAAUGAACACUGCAGUUUAAUUUAUAAUAUAAUAUUGGAUUAGGCUAUCGAUAUUGUUUUGUCUUAAACUUGGCAGUUUGGUAUCACAGUAGGUUCUGCUUGUUUGAUGAUGACUUCCAACGAUAAGUAGCAUUCAUGUCAGGUUUUCAGUUUGCUAAAGCUAGUUAUUAAGCUGAAUAUUUUUCAAUGAUUAGUUGCCUGAAGCUCUUUUUUCUCGUAAAGUCAACAUUUAAUGGAAAUUUUUUCAUUACGGAACAAGUUGCAAUGCAAUCCUCUUGACAUUGCCUUCAGAGAAUAGCUCAGGAACAUUGUUGUGCAGGCUUCCAUGGGGCGAGUGCUGCACUGAGAUGUGAAAAGAAUGAUAAGUGCUAACUGCUAAAGAGUAAAAUGAUGGACUCCUGUCUAUACUCAGUGCACGGGAUUACAAAUUCUUCUCGUGGAAUUGGACAUGAAGGAGGAUGGUCGAGCUCCCACUAUGAAAUGGUUCCCUGGUAAAGGAAAAGAAAGAAAAGGCCAUAAGAUCAACAGCUGCUUCCAUGCCAUCAGCUCUUUGGGGGCAUGGUAACAGUUCGUUGAUCCCAUUGCCACCUUCCUUGCAAGGGGAAGGCAGCAUAGAAUUUGUCACAUUCAAUUGCAAGUUGCAACCUUUUUCAAAAGGAAAGAGUGGUUGCUUGUGAUAUAUUUUAUGUAACUGUAAUUUAGGUUCCAAAUUAAAUGUUAUAAAUUUUGUAAAAGAAUUAUCAAUUUUUUUUAAAAUCAGACAUACAUUUUAUUCCAUCAA